GAGAGUUCAUGCUGGAUUCACUGGUUAAAGUCGCUACAACUAGCUUUGACAUUCAUCGCAAGUCCGCGCUCACUGGAAAGCAGGGAGAUUUACCGCCUGCUAUUGCCAUCGAUCAAGGUCUUCACUGACCACUCUAGCUCGCUAUCUCUCUCCCUCUUCCUUAUCUGCUGAUUGUACCUCUAUGGAAAAGUUGCGGACCUUGUUUAGGAUCCAUAAGCAGGGGUCCGGCGCUUCAACCCAACCAUGUACCACCACCUCUCCCAGCUUUCCUACAAACGCGGUCUAGAUGGAUACUUCCCCUGCUACACAACCCUCGACCACCUUCCCCACCAAGUCUACGCCCUCUACCUGCUCCGCCGCUGCGCCUACAUCAUCGCGCCCAUCAUGCGCCGACAUAGUUGGUCCGUCCCCAUGCUGCAUGAGCUCUCUCCUUAUUCCUCUUGCCACGGCAAAUGUCAGACUGUAGAGCGAACUACUAGACACGGAUCCACCAAAGCCAGGCAGACUAUUCCUCUGAACAUAGAAUUGCGGCUACGUGAAGAUGAUGAUCCCAGUUGUUUCAUUGCCAUCCAUCAUCUGACAAGGACGAUGUUGCACGAGCUAUCGCAUUUGGUGUAUAGACGCCAUUUGGUGGGCUUUUACAGGUUCAAUGCGCAAUUGCUGAGCGAACUUGUUAGGGACGUCGAGAAGGGGGAAUUAAGGAAGCGUGUAAGCUGGAAGAAUGUUCCCAACAGAAUUGCGGGAACGGAGGAGAUUGUUUGCACAAUGACCGGAGAUCUGAAGAAGAGUCUUGUGAACAUGAUUGCUGGUGGGAAGAAAGACCGACGCAGGUACUGGGAGUGAUAAUCGUAUAUAGCCUAGACGACUUCGAAACACGGUGCCUUUUCUUGGUCAACGGACGCUCGGUGAAGCGAAUCAACCAUCGAGACAAGACUUCUGGGUGGCUCUUGGGCAUCAGAUCGCUUAAUCGUGAAUGCCAUCGACUGAACGACUGUAUAC